AUGGUGCUGGUGCGGUGGGUAGUGAAGGCUCCGCUGGACAGCGAUAUGUUCCAGGCGGCCACCUCAGGGGACUGUGAGUGGCUCCACCUCAGCCUGAAGCGGUCGCUGCUCCAACGCUCGAAAAACAGGUGAGCAUUAAGAACUGUCAGCAGCUUAACUCAAUGUCAAUUCAAUAACUCCAUCUCUUGAAGAUCUAGCUAUUUGUUUAUGUUCAUGCAUUCUAACAUGUUAGCUAUUGCUGUACUGUGUAGGGCCGGACUGGCCAUCUGUCAUUUCCGGCAAAUUCAAGAUUGGCUGGUCCAUUUUUAGCCCAGUGGGCCUGUCUAACUAGUUGUUGUUUUUUGCACAAAAUGAUCAUUAUAUGGCUAAUAAUGGUUGCCUCAAGGAAAAAUUGUCCGGUGUGGGGGCCAUGAGGAAAAAAUGGACAGGUGUGUUAGAAAUGCCAGGGCCGAUUUCUAGUCCUAAACCGUUCCUCCCUGUGUGUUUGUCUGCAUGUGUGCAUGUGUUGUCCGUGUACCGUGGUCGUGCCUGUUGUGUGUUACCGUGCGUGCUGUCUGUGUGUACCGUGCGUGCCUGUCUGUGUGUACCGUGCGUGCCUGUUGUGUGUACCGUGGUGCCUGUCUGUGUGUACGUGCGUGCGUGCCGUCGUGUGGUACGUGCAGUGCGUGCCUGUCUGGUGUACGUGUGUGCCUGUCUGUGUGUACCGUGUGUGCCUGUCUGUGUGUACGUGCGUGGGUGCAUGUCUGUGUGUACCGUGCGUGCGUGCCUGUCUGUGUGUACCGGUGUGCCUGUUGUGUGUACGUGGGUGCCUGUCUGUUUGUACGUGCGUGCCUGUGUGUGUACCGUGCGUGCCUGUCUGUGUGUACCGUGCGUGCCUGUCUGUGUGUACCGUGUGUGCCUGUCUGUUUGUACCGUGCGUGCCUGUCUGUGUGUACCGUGCGUGCCUGUCUGUGUGUACCGUGUGUGCCUGUCUGUUUGUACCGUGCGUGCCUGUCUGUGUGUACCGUGCGUGCCUGUCUGUGUGUACCGUGCGUGCCUGUCUGUGUGUACCGUGCGUGCCUGUCUGUGUGUACCGUGCGUGCCUGUCUGUGUGUACCGUGCGUGCUGUCUGUGUGUACCGUGCGUGCCUGUCUGUGUGUACCGUGCGUGCGUGCCUGUCUGUGUGUACCGUGCGUGCCUGUAUACCAAUAUUUACGCACCAUGGUCUGAUGGUGCUUCAUGUGGCCGGCCUACAUGGGCAUUUGGAGUGUGUGAGGCUGCUGUUGCCGUCACGGGUGGUGGACGUGAACGCCAGCGUCCCCCUGGGCCGCAGACCCAUCCACAUGGUCCUCACUGCUCAGAGCAGACGCCACUCCCACGCCUGCCUCACCUGCCUACUGGAGCACGGAGCCCUGCCCAACGUGUACGUAACGUUGGUCCAUCAUCUUUUGCUCUGA